AUGAGUGCCGUUACGACGAAAGGUCCAAUAGUGGACCCUGGAAUGUGUCGUUGUUGUGGGUUCAUGAAGAGAUGUCGAGUUCUCAACGUUGAAUACACACACCUGGGCAAGAAGGAAGUCUAUGCUGACAUGAUCAUGGACUGCUUCGGGCUUUUGCUCUCCAACAUGGAUGGUUCGGAGCGCGACCGGCUUGUGUGUGCACCGUGUGUGGGACGACUCCGGGAGGCGAGUGCCUUCCGCCACCAGGUGCUGCUGUGCGAGGAGGCCUUCCUACUCAAGAUACAGCGGGACGGGGAUGAAGCAUGUGCAAUAAAGACAGAGGUAAAGACAGAAGACGCGGCGAUGGAGGACGACGGAGUGGACACUCCUGACUAUGAUGACCUCGUUGAUGACAAUGCAGAGACUGAAGACCAAACCUCACAAGACGCCCUCAAAGACCCUAUCACCAAAGAAACAUCAACGGAACCUCCUGAAGAAAUCUCAGUCAAGAAGAAAUCCAUCAAAAAACGUUCAUCCGCCAAGAAGGCGGUCACUCCGGCGCAGCGACAGAAAAUCAAAAAGGAACUAGUCACGAGGAUGGAGAAGUUAAACUCUAUGCUCAAACAGAAGUUGAAUGAACCAGACACAAUAGCACCAAUAACAGCGAAAACUAGAAAAGCGGAGCUCCUAAAACAGAAAGCCAACCAAAAAAUGAGCCAAGAGCGAAUGCUCCACCACAACACCGUCACCAUCGUCGAAAACUCCUACGUCUGCCCCUUCAAGACUCGCAUCAGCAACUACUACUGUUAUUAUUGCAAGGAUAUAUUCACAGACUGCAACGAGCUCAGAAUACACACUCUCAAACACGACCCUCAGUAUUUUGAGGACCACAUGGAAGCGAAAAAGAUUACUCGAAUAGAUAUAACUCAAAUUGACUGUAGACUUUGUAACGAAAAGAUUUCAAAUUUAGAAGACUUUAAGAAACAUCUUUCGACGGUACAUAAAAAGAUUAUAUACCCGGCUGAUACCAAUGAGUUUUUAACGUUUAAGUUGUCUAUGGAUAAUUUGAACUGUUUGGAGUGCGGCUGCUCGUUUCCGUUCAUAGACAAACUCAUAGAGCACAUGACUGAUCAUUUCGGGAAGUACGUGUGUGAUAUGUGCGGAGCGUGUUUUAUAGAGGAGAGCACUUUAUGUCAGCAUAUAAGGGGGCACAAAAAGGUUGACACAAACUUUCCUUGUGAGAUUUGCGGCAAGAAUUUCAAGUCUAACUACAGUAGACAGCUUCAUACUGCGACAGUUCAUGAAAAGAGACCAGUAGUUCACUGCUACAAAUGCGAGGCAAGUUUUCUGUCUUACGCUCAAAGGAACAGACAUUUGAUAAACGUCCACGGGGAUAAAAGAAAGUUCGCUUGCCAAUCUUGCGACAAAGUGUUCGAUGUGCGGAAAACGAUGGUAGAACAUACUAGGAAAUACCAUUUGCAAGUUUGCAGGCAUCAGUGCGAUGUGUGCGAUCAAAGAUUUUACGCGCCGUCGCAGUUGAAAGAACAUAAAGUCACACACACUGGGGAAAGAAAUUACACAUGCGAUUAUUGCGACAAGAGCUACCCGAGGCGACAGUCGCUACAGGAUCACAUAAGGUCGCACACGAACGAUAGACGGUACAAGUGUAAUGUGUGCAAUUCUACUUUUACACAGAGCGGUAGUUUGAAAAGUCACAUGAAGACUCAUGAAGGCUUCGAGAUGGGCGAGGGAUUCCCCUCUUGAAAACCUCUUGGAUGAGGCUUUGGACCCUCAAAAUCAACUGAAAAUUUGCGCAAAAAGAAAAAGCGAUUUAUAUUUUGGCAAUUCUUUGAGAUAGUCUCCACUAGAGGCGCUACUUGGUAUGUGACAAUUAACUUACUUGCUUUAUAGAUGUGGAUUCCGGGUUCUAUUCCCGGCCGGGCCCGUUUCUUUUGGUAAUAGCCCCCCUAAAAGUGUAGGCGUUGGGCCACAGCAGUUGAUCUAUACAUAUACAUUUUGGACUCUCAAUUAUUUAUGUGUUGUGUGAGUAUUUAAAUCAAUAACUUUAUUAAUUUA